AUGGACCCAUCAACUACCGAAAAACAACCCACCGUCGGCAGUCCGAGCCUGGGAGCAGAGCACGGGCAAGUCCUGCAUGAUCGGCUCAACCGCGGCCUUUCAGCCCGGCAGGUGCAGAUGAUUGCGAUAGGGGGAACCAUCGGGACGGGCCUGUUCCUGGGGACGGGCAAAGCGCUGGCCACCGGUGGACCGGCCUCGAUGCUCAUCGCGUAUGCCAUUUCCGGCGCCAUUGUGUUUGUCACCAUGUUGAGCCUCGGCGAGAUGGCCGCUUUUAUUCCCGUUGCUGGCAGUUUUUGUACUUUUGCGGGUCGCUUCGUCGAUGAUGCCUUUGGUUUCGCAUUGACCUGGAACUACUGGUUCAACGAUGCGGUCUCAACGGCGGCCGACUUGGUUGCUCUCCAGUUGGUACUGCAGUACUGGUCGGAUAACUUUCCCGGAUGGGCAUUUAGUCUAAUCUUCUGGGCUGUCCUCAUCGCACUGAACUUAUUUGCUGUCCAUGUCUAUGGCGAAGUCGAGUACUGGAUGAGCGUGCUCAAGGUCAUCACCAUCAUCGUCUUCAUCAUCCUCGGCAUCGUCGUCAACUGCGGAGGAAACGAGUCGGGCCACUACAUCGGCGGCGAGAACUGGCAUAUCCCCGGCGCUCCCUUUGUUGGAGGAAUCGGAGGCUUCGCUUCGGUCUUCGUUACAGCUGCGUUUGCUUAUGGAGGAACCGAAUCCAUCGCCAUUACAGCAGGCGAAACCAAAGACCCCUCGCGCACAAUCCCAAAAGUCGUUCUCAAUGUCUUUUGGCGUAUCCUCAUCUUCUACAUCCUCUCCUCUUUGAUAAUCGGCCUCAACAUCCCCUACAACUACCCCGACCUAACAUCCAAGGAUGUGAAAACCUCUCCCUUCACCCUCGUCUUCGAAAUGACCGGUACCCGCGCCGCAGGAAGCGUCAUGAACGCGGUCAUUAUGACCAGCGUGCUGUCAGCCGGAAACCACGCGCUCUUCGCGGGCGUGCGGUUGCUAUACACCCUCGCAAUUCAGGGCCACGCACCGUCGUUCUUCGGGAAACUGAAUCGAAACCAGGUCCCCUGGGUUGCGGUUCUCGCGACGGGAAUCGUCAGCGGGUUGUGCUUUGGGAGUAGUAAGAUUGGCGCCGGGCAGUUGUGGACUUGGUUGCAGAACAUCGUCGGCGUCUCCAACCAACUAAGCUGGAUCUCCAUCGGCAUAACCUCAAUCCGCUUCCGGCGCGCCCUCGCAACGCAAAACAAAACACACCUGCUUCCCUUUCGCAACUUCACAUACCCCUACGGCCCCUGGAUCUCCGUGAUCCUCAACAUUGUCAUCGUCCUCGUUCAGGGAUGGAGCUGUUUCAGCCCGAGCUUUGACGGGGUGAGCUUUGUGAGCUUUUAUAUCGAGCUGCCGGUUAUGCUUGUUAUGUUCCUUGCGUGGAAGCUUGUUAAGCGGACGAGGUUUGUGCGGUUGGACGAGGUGGAUCUUGUUACGGAUACGUAUGUGAGGGAGGAGGGUGAGGAGAAGCGGUGGUGGAGGAGCGUCGUCAAUUGGAUUGUUUGA